AUGUUACAGCUCCCAAAUUGGAUAAUGAAAGAUUCUUCGAUCAUAGUAAAACAAAAUAGUAAUUAUUAUUUUCAAGUUAUUGGACAACUGCAUAUUACUAAACGUGAACUAUGCUAUUUGGUAGUAUACACUGAAAAGUGGACCACUGUAGAAAAAAUUUAUUAUGAUCAUACAUUUUGGAUACAAAAUAUGUCUGAAAAAUUAAUGUCGUUUUAUUUAAAUUGUCUUUUGCCUGAACUCGUCGAUCCCUUAUAUGGCAAAAGAUUGUUAAUAAGUGAUAUCAGGGAUCCGGAUGACAUUUUAGAAAAACAGCAAGAAAGAUUUAAAAUAGUAUCGUUGAAAAAAAUUAAAAAAUCUUAA